AGUCACCGCGUUGGAUGCGUAGAACCAUAUGAGAGGACUCGACUGAGCCCCCAAUUCAUCGACUCAUAUUGGGAUCUCUGUAUCUUGCUAGCUACAAUGUACUGCUCUCGACAGCCAUUCUCACUGGGAAAGAUUAAGAGGGUCUCGUGCCUUCAGUUUCAUUCAGGGAACAGUGUCAACAAGUUAAGCCUCAUCUUAACACCUCGCCGACUUGUACAUACCCAUUUGACUCAUCGUCAUGCCUUCUGGAAACAGAUACCUGCUUGGUCAGAUGUCAGCGAGGGGAGCUUUCUAAGCUAUGACUGGCAGGCCAACAAUUCAGUACACAAUGCUCACCAACUAUCCGGAUUUAUGAAUGCUGUUCUUCCUGAAUUUCUCCCACGAAGAGACCAGCUUACCAGAGACCCUAGAACAGCGAAAGAACUUAUCCAAGAUGUCCAAGAUGGAAUGCGGCGAGCUCCAAUGGCUGUCAAACUCACUCCCUACAUCCUUAGCUUGAUCGAUUGGACAGACCCUCUUCGAGAUCCCCUUUUGCGCCAGUACGUUCCACUAGGCUCCCGUUUUCGACCUGAUCACCCGAAACUGGCGUUUGACUCUCUGGAUGAGACAGGUGAUUCCCCAGUGAAGGGAAUAAUCCACAGAUAUCCAGACAAGGCUGUUUUUAUGGCAAGCUCAGUUUGCCCUGUGUAUUGCCGAUACUGCACACGUUCCUAUAGCGUUGGGGUCGAUACCAAUGCCGUCAACAAGACAAGGUUCCUACCCAUACAUAAGAAAUGGGACAUCAUGUUCGACUACAUCGAGCGUACAUCAACCCUAAAAGAUAUUCUGGUUUCUGGUGGUGAUACCUACACUCUAAGCUCGGAUCAAUUAAAGUUGAUAGGAGAGCGUCUGCUCAAAAUCCCGCACAUACUACGUGUUCGAAUAGCCAGCAAAGGAGUCGCAAUUUGCCCCAGUAGACUCAUCGAUCCAAAUGAUAAUUGGGCUAGUAGCUUGAUUGAUCUUUCCCGUCAGGCCAGGAAGAUGGGAAAGAGUGUGGCUCUCCACACACACUUCAAUUCACCGAACGAGAUAACCUGGAUUACCAAGAAGGCGGCCCAGAGACUACACGAGGAAGCUGUAGUAGUACGUAACCAAACGGUCUUGUUGAACGGGGUGAACAACAACGUCGAAACCAUGAAGUCAUUGAUUCAUCAGCUUGCAUCUAUGAACAUUCAACCGUAUUACGUUUUCCAGAGCGACAUGGUCCGCGGGAUCGAGGAUAUGCGCACACCGCUGCAUGAAAUCUUGAGGCUGGAGGCCGAGAUACGUGGUUCGACAGCUGGUUUCAUGACUCCGAACUUCGUCGUCAACCUGCCGGGUGGGGGAAUGAAAAGACUUGCGUGUUCAUAUAACACGUAUGAUAGGGGAACAGGGAGAUCAACAUUCGUAUCGCCUGGUAGUAAAGACCCCGGCCGGGAAUGGGAAUAUUGGGACCCAAUUUUCCCACAAUCGGAAGCCGAGCAAACCACCCCUGGUCAGGCUAUCAGUGUACAACUUUCUGAGCAGCAGCAAGGUGGAUAGUUUGGUUCACAAGUAGGACUAGUAGGCAAAGGUCAAUAGUUUUCAAGAUGAUUCGCUUUGAGCACAUCCAAUGAACGUGUAACAUUCCUGGACCAAAGUCAUGGAAGAUGAAGCGAUUGUAGGCGGCCUCCUUGAAAAUCCAAUCACAGAACCUACUCCUACAUUGAUACGUAAACUCUGGCCCCAUCACCGUUGCGAUGGCUGCAGCAACAAGGCAACCUAUCAAUCUAUGAGCUUUGGGCAGCAAUGCCGCAAGCUUGUAGAUUGUGUAGCCCGAUAAUGUAGAAAAUGCAUCGCAGGGUUGAACGUGGCAUGCAUAAAGGCCGGUAUCAUCGUUGGGUGCGAACCAAGUAAAAUCCACAACCACCCUCUUCCGUCUUCGCGGAAUUCCCCUCCAACGGACUUUCGAACGACUUUUUGUC